AUGGCCGAAGCAAGCGGCUGGCCUUCUGCACAAAAAAAUGUUAUUAGAGAGAGAAAAGUCCCUCAGUUAUUAGUUUCCUCAUUCACUCAAUUUCUUAAUUAUACAUUCUCUCUCCAGCCCAGGAUCCCGGCUUCAGGCUCCAGGCUUCAGGCUCCAGGCUCCAGCCAUGUGAAAGAAAGCAUAAAGAUAAGAUUUGUGAUUGUGGCUCGAGGAGAAGCUAGCUCUCUACCUCUCAAUCUCAAUAGUGGUCCUCAAAUUUAG